GUCUCACUGAAAAAGGCGAAGGCAACACUUGGGCUUCCGUAGGAACAGGAAGUUGUCCCGGAAACGUCGAGCGGCCAUUCACUCUCCUCGCCGUCAUCCUUCUAUUAUUCAACAUUUACUGCGAAUUCUAUCAAAGGUGGCGAUGGGUGACAUACGUCAGUCCCUGCUGCCUCGUGACGUGCUGAGUGCCGCCAAGGAGCUGCUGUACCACCUGGACAUCUACAUCAGCAACCUGGUUCAGUCCGGAAGGCAGCCGCCUCAGGUGGACACCAAAACCUUAGAACUGGUGGAGGAAUUCAUUCUCCACGCACCCAAGGACCGGAACGCCCUGACCAGGAGAAUGAGCGCGCUGCAGGAGCUCCAGCUCCUGGAGAUCAUGUGCAGCUGUUUCCAGGAGCAGAGCCGCGACAACGUCCGACAGCUCAUGUUCUCCGCCCUCUUCAGCCUCCAAGGCAACCAGGCGGACGACAGCCGCAUGGCACUGCUCGGAAAACUGGUCUCCAUGGCGGUCGCCGUGAGUCGAGUUCCCAUCCUGGAAUGCGCUGCCAACUGGCUACAGAGGACCCACUGUGUGUAUUGUGUGCGUCUGGCACAAGUUCUGGUCGACGACUACUGCAGCAUGAUGCCAGGCUCGGUGCCCACCUUGCAGAACAUCCACAGCGCCAGUCCACGCUUCUGCUGCCAGUUCAUCACUGCCGUUACCACACUCUAUGACCUCACCUCAGAGGAGCUGACGCCUCCUCUAGAGCUCCUCCAGAUGAUUGUGUCCUGGAUCCAAGAGGACCCUCGCCUGGUCCUGGUCACCUUCCUGAACACACCCCUGUCCGGCAGCCCGCCGAGCACCUCGCUGGACGUCACGCCUCUGGGCGGGCUGGUGCGCUGGUGCGUCAAAGCCCCGCUGGUGUACAAGCGGGACAAGAAGCAGAUGUUGCCGCACAGCAGCUCGGGCAGCGAGCAGGAAGUGGCGGCCCUUUUCUCCGCGCUCCAUUUGAGCGUCCUGCAGGUCUUCAUGCUCCUGCCGAACAUACUGAACGAGAAAGGCAUUUUCGGUCGCCUGGCCCUCCUCCAGGUGGAGUCCUUGGCAUCGCUGACCUCUGACCUGUCCCGGCUGUUGGACCAGGCCGACAAGCACACGCACACGCCAGCCGCCGACGUGCAUGUGCAUCCGCAGCUGGCUCUGGACCGGCUGGCUCAGGCCCUGCAGGUUGCCAUGGCCAACGGAGCCUUGCUCUGCUCCAGAGAGGACCUGAGAGCCAUCUGUUCACGCCUCCCACACAACAAUUUGCUCCAGUUGGUGUUGUCCGGCCCGGUGAUGUACUUCAACAACAUCCACACCCCGCCUAUGGCUUUUAGCCCGCACGCGUCCCAUUCUCCCAUCGCCUCGCACCCCAUACACGCGCCGCACACACCGCUGGCCUCGCAUCCGCAGUACCCCGCUCAGCCAUUCAUGACAGGGAUGCCCUUCCCCUUCCGGCCCAGCCACUGAAAAAAAACCAAAAAAAACGCCGUUUUGCUGGCAAAUUGUUCUCGUCUGUGUGAGUGUUUUGUAUAAUGUUUAAUGUAUUAUAUGUUAAUAAGUACGGUGUGUGUGGCUAACAUGUUUCUCCAAUAAAUAUUUUUUUACUCCUA